GCCCCGCUUAGCCCGGGGCUGCCGGCGCCUGCCGCGCCAUUGUUGGGGGAGGGGGCGGCUGCGGAACGGCGCGGAGUCGGGGGCGAGCGGAGGCGCAGGCGGCGCCCGAGCGGAGCGGACGCGCCCCAUGGGGAACACGCUGACCUGUUGCGUAUCCCCCAAUGCCAGCCCCAAGCUGGGCCGGCGCGCGGGAGCGGCGCAGCACGACUACGGGUCUGAGAUCAACGAGGUGGCGGCCGGGGACGCUGUGGCGGUAGCGCCGGCGCCUGCUGCGGCCGUGGAGCCCGCCGAGUUGGAUUUCGGAGCCGGUGAGGGCCACCACCUGCAGCACAUCAGCGACCGCGAGAUGCCCGAAGAUUUAGCUUUGGAAUCAAACCCUUCUGAUCAUCCAAGGGCAAGCACAAUUUUCCUCAGCAAAUCUCAAACAGAUGUGCGUGAAAAGAGGAAGAGCAACCAUUUAAACCAUGUAUCUCCAGGGCAGCUUACUAAAAAGUAUAGCUCAUGCUCAACAAUAUUUCUAGAUGACAGCACAGUCAGCCAGCCUAAUCUUAGAACCACAAUCAAAUGUGUAACCUUAGCAAUAUAUUACCACAUAAAGAACAGAGAUGCAAACAGAUCCCUGGACAUUUUUGAUGAGAGAUCACAUCCACUUACACGAGAGAAAGUUCCAGAGGAGUACUUUAGGCAUGACCCUGAACACAAAUUUAUUUACAGAUUUGUUCGUACUCUUUUUAGUGCCGCACAGCUAACAGCUGAAUGUGCAAUAGUAACUCUGGUUUACUUAGAGAGGCUUUUAACUUAUGCUGAGAUCGACAUUUGUCCCACUAACUGGAAAAGAAUUGUUUUGGGAGCCAUUCUUCUUGCCUCCAAGGUUUGGGAUGAUCAGGCUGUGUGGAAUGUGGACUACUGCCAGAUCCUCAAGGACAUUACAGUCGAGGACAUGAAUGAGAUGGAAAGGCAUUUCUUAGAGCUACUCCAGUUUAAUAUUAAUGUUCCUGCCAGCGUUUAUGCCAAAUACUACUUUGACCUUCGCUCCUUAGCAGAUGACAACAACCUGAAUUUUCUGUUUGCUCCUCUCAGCAAAGAAAGAGCACAGAACCUAGAGGCCAUUUCAAGAUUAUGUGAGGACAAAUACAAAGACUUAUGUAGAGCUGCUAUGAGAAGAUCUCUAAGUGCUGACAACUUCAUUGUCAUUCACCGCUCUAACGCUAUCCUCUCCUAAAAGAGAACAAGGAGCAUUAACAUCAGGAGCUCCUGUCUGCAAAGCCUGGAGAUACACCACCUCUCCUGCUGAGAACCAGAAACUCCUAUGAGUUUCCGCCAGAAGGAAAGUGCUCCAAUCAAGAGACUCCUGGAUAAUGACCAUUAACUCCAUAGGAAAGACUGGGACCUUGUCAAAACACUUUCUGUCAUUUUUAAUGUAAACAGAGUUUCAAAAACCACUCCAAAGCAAAAGCUCUGACGAUGCACAGAUAAUUGCUUACUGUGUAGGCCAAUGGCUGUGAAAUAUGUGAGGUUUUUAAACUGUUUCAAUUUUUAGACUUUUUGUUUGAGACAGGGUCUUACGUAGCCUAGGCUGGCCUCACGUACUCUGUAUGACUGGGGUUGGCGUUGAACUCCUAAUCUUCCUGCCUCUACCUCCCAAGUGCUGGGAUUACCAUGCCUGGUUCAAAUUUUUAGACUUUAAAGACACUAACCAUAUAACUUGUUUUUCUUGACCCUUCACCCAAUUGCUGCAUAUGCUUUUAGAAUUGAUGCAGUAUUUAACCAUUAAAACAUGAGACUACUUCCCCAUUUUUGUGGUGCUAGGAAUCAAACUGAGGACCUAGCAUGUGCUUGGUGAGCACUUGACCACUGAGCUAUACCCCUCAGCCCCAAACUUGGGGUGCUUAACACUCAGAACCACCUAGGAGCAAACAGUAGCACUGUUAGGUAUUAAAGGGUUCUUCCUACCAUGUCAUCAAAGCUGCUAAUCAUUCUUGUCAAUCACUUUAAACCAGAAGCUGCUGAAUAACACUCACCAUUCAUAGUUUUUGCAAGCACUGCUUGCUAGUAUUUUGGAGCCACAGAGAGAAAGUAUUGGUUGUUGACCACUUCUUUUGGGUCCACAUUGCAUUUCUUGUGAACUAUAAAUGGUGCUUCUCAUUGUCUGAUAAUUUUCCUCUUAUUUGUUAAACAAGUUAUUAAAAGAUAUUUUCAUAAUGCCAACCAACAUCAUGGUCCAGUGAUCAUGAGCAAUUAAUAAAAUACAAGGUGUACCAAAGCUGGUACAGUUUUAAGGAUCAUUGUCCCGUGCCUGGGCUCACCUGGGCACUACAGCAGAAAUCGAAAAGCCACAGACUUUCAUUAAACAUUACUUGAAAGUUUUAAUUUUGUAAAUCUGAAAUAAUUAAGCUUCUGAUUUAAAUUUUUUGUUUUUCUUUUGGGGGUGGUGUUUUGUUUUGAGACAGUGUUUUAUUAUGUAGCUUGGGCAAACCUGGAACUUGCUAUGUAGACCAGGCUGACCUUGAACUCACAGAGAUCCCUCUGCCUCCUGAGCACCAGGUUCAAAGGUGUACACCACCAUGCUCUGAGUUAAUUGUCUGGUUCUCUUAAAGAUCGUGAGCCAUGAAACAAAAAUUUAAAAUUAAAAGCUUAAUAUUCUAAAUUUGCAAAGUUGAAAGUAAAGGCAAUUUAGCUCUUAGAGUUCCGUGAGUUUACAGCAUCUACACUUCUACAGGGAUCAGAGCUUAAAACUGCAUUGAGAUUUUUGGGAUGCGUUGUAUCCUCAUGGACUUUUUUUUUUUUUAAGUUCUUUGUUGGGCUGGGUUCUCUGCUUUGAUCAUGUAGCUAUCUUUACAUUCUGUUAAGGAAGAUUAUGAAAAGCAGUGUUAAUUCACGUAUAAUGAAUGAAAAGGAGCUGGAUCCCCAAAGCAGCAGGUAAAAAAUGAGUAAUUAAAAAAAAAAUGUACCGUGUAUGUUACUGUGUGCAGAUAGAUGUCUUUUCAAGUUGGGCUGCUAAUAAGGAAUUUAAAUGCACCUCAGUAACCUUUGCUGUAGGCUUGCAGGGCAAGGAGUAAAUAAGUAACUGACAACAGGCACCUAACUUUGAAAUAAUAAAAGGCUGGUGUUUUCAACUAUACUUGUAUUCUGUUUCUCUUCUCACAUGAAACCUUAGGAAUCUGACCUGUAAAAAGAACCUUUGUGGGCCAGGAAUACUCCUCUCAGCAGGGCAGUGUUUCACAAGCUUUCCAGUGCUGCCAGGUUUAUCAUUUUAAA